AGUGAAACAUCUGAAGAUUCUGUUGGAUUCCUUAUCAACACAGGAGAAGCGUCAGCUGAUUGAAGAGCACAGUUUCGAAACGUUUCACCUGGUAGAUGAGCUACUCUUGUCAGCUGAUAUCGUAGCCAAUCCUCAAGGUGCCGUGGAAGGUGAAAGUGGCUUGUGGACACUUGAACAAGUGCUCUGCUACGCACCAGAGCUUGUUGGAAAUGGAUGGCAACGGCAUGCCAUUGAAGCGAUUCUGAAAAAGGCCCUAUACCCCAGAAACCUUCUGGCCAUUCGCAAGAUUGCAAUCAGGCUGUUUCUAAUCUUUUAUCAGAGCCUCAGUGUUUUUGGCAAGGUUACCGAAGACCUCGAUCGUGUAUUCCAGUGUCUCCUGCCAUAUUUUCCUUUGAGUAAUGGCCAAAAUACAGAGCUUGUACUUCAAGAAUAUUGCCACUCAGCAGGUCGGUAUCUUGACAAGUUCCUUGAGUACUGUACUCGCGAAACGGUGCGAGUUGAAUGGAAUGAUGAGAAGAAACGAUUCCAGUGUGCAAGUUUCAUCAUUGACAGAGUGAUCAAUUUGUACAUCGCGGAGUGUUUCCCGGAUAUCGAAGCCAACGGAGUGGACAUUUUUGGUGGAUGGGAAGGCGCCGAGGAUGCCAUUGAAGCGCUGGAUACGGCGGAUCCCAUAGUGAUUGCUAGGUAUUGGCUUAUUCGCUGGGUGAAUAACUUGGCAGCCGUUCGACAACAGCCAUCUGCCCAGUGGCAUCCAGGAAUGCUUCUUUACCAUGAUGCUCUGUUCACUUCACAUCGUGCAACGAACACCGCACUGACAUUGAUGAGAGAAGCAAUGACGCUGCCCCUUACCGUUGUUUCGACGCUGUCUGCCUGGUUGUUGCAAUAUGAAAUCCCACCUUUUGUUGCCAGCAAUGAGGUGCCAGUGGAGUCGUCAUCGCUGCUACUCAUCAAUAUGCUGCUUUCCUUCUUCCAAUCACCUUACCUUCUUCAACCUGGCGAUCGCCUGGCGUCAGCGGUCACUACUUCAUACGCUAUUCUUCGCACCUGCCGCGAUUUGGUUGCACAUCGACCGAAUCUCGCAAGACCGUUAUCUGUCAGGGUUUGGUCCGAGCUGAUGUACCGUUUGUGUCAGUCGGCUACGAGAAUCUGCUCGCAUUCGGAUAAAUACUCGCAGGAAAUGUCGGCCGCAUUCGCGAUGACAGUGCUGUCUAACAUGGUUCUGAUCAAGGCGGUGCGUCAAAUUGAAAUUGACGAUAAGCUCUGGGACGAAGUUCACAGUGUUUUCCAACGCGGUAUUUGGAUUCAAAUGGCACAGCAAUGGGCUCGGGUAAAUGUUUGGCACCCCUACGUCUUUGCCAGUUAUUCUACUCUCUAG